AUGUUAUCAGUGGAGAGAAAAAGAACAGAAAAGAUUGAUUUAAUUAAACCAUUAACAAAAUAUAUUAAAGAGCAAUUCAGUAAAGGCGAGGCAGAUGCACAUGAGAAUCAAAUAAAUACAUUAAAUUCGUUAAGAGAGGAUGUUAGAAAUUUACAAGAUAAAACAGAAACGUCAAAAGAAUUAGUUUGGAGAUAUUAUUCAAUUUUAUCAUCAUUGGAGCUUAGAUUCCCAAUUAGUGAGAAUAAUGUUAGAAUAUCAUUCCCAUGGACUGAUUCAUUUAGACAAAAAAGAACAACAUUGUAUAGUAUUUAUUUUGAAAGAGCAUCAGUAUUAUUUAAUUAUGGUUCAAUUAUUUCACAAAUUGGUGCAUCAAUUAAUAGAUCAAAUAUCGAAGGUAUUAAAAAAGCAUGUAAUUAUUUCCAAAUUUCUGCAGGUGUAUUUUUAUCAUUAAGAGAAUAUGUUUCAUUGCAUCCUGAAUGUUCUGCAUCACCAGAUUUUACAUCCGAAGCAUUAAAUACCUUACAUACUAUAAUGUUGGCUCAAGCUCAAGAAUGUAUUUUUGAAAAAGCUUCCAUGGAUAAUCUUUCUGAUGCAAUCGUUUCAAAACUAGCUGCACAAGUUUCAGAAUAUUAUGAAGCUUCAAACCAUGCUUUAAAUUCAAAUACAUUAAAAUCUAUUGUCGAUAGAAACUGGACCAAUACAGUAUUGGUUAAAUCAUUUUUAUAUAAAGCAAUUGCUUCAUAUAUUUAUUCAAAAGGUUUGGGAGCAUCAUCACAAUUUGGUGAACAAGUUUCACGUUUAAUAAUUGCAAUCGAUAAUAUUAAUCAAGCCAAAGCAAAUUUACAAAAGAGUGCACAACCUGAAUUAAGAGAGAUUGUUGAAAAAUAUGCAGUUUCAAUUUUAAAGUAUUAUGAAUCAGCUAAAAAAGAUAAUGAAACUAUUUAUCAUGAUACCGUUUUACCAGCACAUAAAUUAACCCCAAUCGAAAAGAAACCACUUGCCAAAGCACUCCCACUUCCAGAAAUUAGUUUUGUUGAUCCUUUCUCUUCAUUAGUACCAUUUUCAGUUAAGGAAGAUUCUGCUUAUUACAAUGAUCAAAAAGAACAGUUAUUAAGAAAAGAAUUAGAUAACAUCGAGUUUCAUAAUCAAUCUGCUAGAGCAUCAUUAUUAUCAAUGGGAUUACCAGGUUCAAUUGAAGCAUUAGAAGUUGGUGUACCAAAAGCAUUACAAGAAAAAAUGGAUAUCUUAAGAAAUGAACAAGCUUCAAAUCAUAUUGUACAGUUAUUAGAAAAUAUUCAACAAUUAUCUGAUGAGGAUUCAUCAAUACUUACUACAGCAAGUAAUCUUUUAAAGAAAGAAGAGGAUGAAGAUAACGAAAUGAGAGCUCAAUAUGGUAGUGCAUGGCAUAGAACUCCAUCAUAUACAUUAACCGCUAGUCUUAUACAAGAUUUGGCUAAAUAUAGCAGCCAUAUACAACAUUCAACUAAAUCUGAUAGUUUUAUUAGAAAGAAAUACGAAGAUAACAAAAAUUUAAUUUCCGAUAUGGAGAACCAACAAGAAAUUAUUGCAUUACUUCCAUCCAACUCAUUCCCAGCCAGUAAAGUUUCAGUCGCUUCUUUAACUGUAUUAUUAAAUGACCUCGAUAGUCUUAUGGCCAAUAGAGAAUCAAUUGCAGAGAAACUAAAGACCCAAUGCAAAAAAGAUGACAUUACAUUGAAAUUAAUUUCACCAAGCAAAGAUAAAUCUUUAAUUUAUGCUGAAGAAAUUCUAAAAUAUGAGCCACUUCAAAUGGCACUUAAUGAAAGUUUCUUAAAGCAAAAAAAUCUCAUAGAAGAAAUUAGAAAAGAAAACGAAAAAUUCACUUCCUCAAAAUCUAAACAAGGUAAUCAACGUGAAGAAAUUCUUCAAAGAUAUGCCAACGCCUUCAAGGUUUACAAUGAAUUAAAAUCAAAUCUUGAUGAAGGUACCAAGUUCUAUUUAGAUUUCCAAGAGAUUUUAAAUAAAUUUAAGCGUAGAUGCGAAGAUUUUACCAAAGAAAGAGAAAAAGAAAGAAUAGAGUUAGUUAGACAAAUCUCUGCUGGUGUAAACCCAUAUUCACCAGUUACCUCACCACAAAAUCCUUUAGUUCCACCACAUGGUAAUGCUUAUCCACAGUAUUCUACACCACCAAACUAUCAAUCUCCACCACCACAAUACAAUUAUAAUGCCGUACCACCACCUUAUCAACCACAAUCACAAUAUACUUAUACAGGUGCACCCCAAUCAUUUAAUGCUCCACCACCACCACAAUCAUUUAGUGCUCCACCACCACCACAAUCAUUUAGUGCUCCACCACCACCACAAUCAUUUAAUGCUCCACCACCACCUUAUAAACCAUUUUAUAAAUAA